GAAAUCAAGAAUCAUCGAAUUUCUCUUCUGAAUCCGUUCAUAUUCCCAUUAUGUGUGAUUUCAAGUCUUUUCUUGACCUUUUUCGAUUUCAUUUGUUUCCUUGUCCUCAAACCAUACCAACCAUGAAGCUUGAUCAAAUGUCAAUCACCGAGAUACUGCAUGGUUUAAGGAAAGGGUACUUCUCAAGUGAAGAGCUUACUUACAUCAAGCGUAUCGAGCAAGUCAAUUCAAUUAUCCAUGCCGUCAGUGAGAUCAAUCGAAAAGCCAUUGACAUCGCUAGAGAAAAGGAUGAGGAAAGGUCUCGUGGCUUGGCUCAAGGAAGUCUUCAUGGAGUACCAAUCUUGAUUAAGAAUUUGUUGUUUACGACGGAUGGCCUCAAAAUCACCCUUGGCUGCACCGCAUUUCUUGAAGCUAUUCCAAGUAUUGAAGCAACAAUAAUUAUGAAACUUCGCGAACAAGGCGCAAUCAUAUUAGGAGUUGCGAAUGGCUCCCAAUGGGCCAAUAAUCGAUGUACUCCUGGUUGGUCUGCUGUAGGUGGCCAGUGUUUAGGUGUCUAUCAUAAAGACCAACAUCCUAAAGGUUCAUCAUCUGGUAGUGCUGUGGGAACUGCCUUGGGACUUUGCGCUGUUGCUUUAGGGUCUGAGACUUCUGGUAGCGUGAUAUUACCUGCACAGAGAUCUGCCGUUAUAGGAAUGAAACCGACGGUAGGGAUGAUUUCAAGAUAUGGAAUGUAUAUUUCGAGUGAUAAUCAAGAUACUGUGGGAAUAUUAGCAAGGAGCGUGAAGGAUGCAGCACUUGUAUUGACUGUGAUUGCAGGUGAGGAUAAGCAGGAUCCUAUCACCAUUUCCGAUCCUCGAGAUUCGAUAUCCUGCCGGAAGCCGAAUAAAAUCCCAGAUUUUGCAAGAGCAUGUAAUUCUCAAAGGUUAAACGGUGUGCGAAUUGCAAUACCGCGCCAUAUUCUCAAACAUGUUGAUCCCACCACCAUCCAUCUUUUCGAAAACGCAAUCAAUACAAUGAAAUCCCUAGGAGUCACCAUCGUAGAUCCGACCUCAUAUUCAACAUUCGAUACCGAUAGAUCUUCAUGUACGGGUGACGAAUAUGAUAUCGCUCUAAAAGUAGAUAUAUACCACAAUGUCGAAACGACCCUCUCUUACUUCUCCAUAAAUCCUCAUUCUCUAUACACCCUCUCCGACGUGAUCGCCUACACAAUCGCUACCCCGGCUGAAGAAGCUAUGAAACGUGGUCUCGGACACUUCGAAUCAGCUCUCGAAGUCGGCAAAAAUUAUACUAAGGAUAGCGAAGAAUACAAAAAUUCCUUGACGGAAAGAAAUCAUAUGGGAAGACAAAUACCUAAAUUACUGGAUAAAUUCGAAUGCGAUAUGAUAGUCCUACCAACGAAUGUGGCGGUUGAGCCAGCGGAUGUGGGAGGUUGUCCAGUGGUAAGUGUACCUAUGGGGUUUUAUCCUCCUGGAACGGAGAUUGUGAGACAGAGUGGAAUGGUGGAAGUGGGACCGGGGAUUCCACUGGGAAUAUGUUUUGUAGGAAGAAGAUGGGACGAUCAGAAAUUGCUCGGAGCGGCGUAUGCGUAUGAACAGGCGACGAGGUGGAGAGAAAGGGGAAAGACGGUGGUGAGGUGUGAUGUUGAGGUAUGCGAUUUUGGUAGUACGGGCUUAUGAGAUGGUUUAGAACUUUUGGAUUAUUAGUGGGUUUGAAGUUGAAGUUGAAGUUUGGUGGUUUGUAUCUUGUAUUUGGGAAGGAUUGUUGGUAUCUUCUUGCUGGAUUCAAUGGAAACUUUAACGGGGGGUGGAUUUGGAAUGGUCUUGUAUGAGAUAAUAUGAUAAUUCAUACGCAAACGGAGUAGGGUGUCACGUCACUUUUCUACCGAAUUGAAUCAGAUCAUGAGAAAUCGACGAGCUCACUUGCAAAAUCAGGCAGCUUCUCA